AUGGUCAAUGCGAUCUCCUUCGAAGUCGCAGAGACGCUUGUCAGCCACGUGACCGGUACCGUCUCCAAGGCACGCUGCUGGGGCGUUAGGGCAGGUUUGGUUCCGAGUACACUCUGGAGGCUUGUGGCGUUCUUCCUAGUGGGCAGCAUAGUCUGUGGUUGCAUCAUUAGGCGCAGUGCCGUCAAGAUGGCCUGCAUGGGCUACGGCGUUGCGAUGACCUCGUCAGGGUUUAUUCUUGUCUUCGCCACCUUUAUGUUUUCCGUGUCACAAGACGCAGCCGUCUACUCGCUAUGCUUUGCGUGUGGGCUACAGAAUGGCAUCAUGUCUUCCUACACUGGCUCCGUUGUCCGCACCACGCAUGUGACUGGCAUUGCUACCGACAUCGGGCUGAUCACGGGAAGGCACAUCAUGUCAUUCUUCCGGCGAAGACUCUGCAAGCGUCUGACCUUCGCAGAUGAAGAGCCAGGUGAAGAGAGGCCAGACCUCGGGUACGAGCCAAAAGGUGUCUAUCACACUUUAGUGGAAAUGAGGGACUUGCUUGCUUCCACCCUUUUGAGAUCAGAAUAUGUAAUUGUGCUGCUGCCAUCCAUCGAGAAUAGCGUUAUUGCUUGCUUCGGAUAA